AUGGGCACGCGAAUAGGAGGCCUCCCUAUUCGUGUUGGAUCACUAAGGAGGCAGUUGAUCCCACCCCUGUGCAAUUCAUUUGCACGGUUGCACAGUCCGAGGAGCCCAUUCGUCGCAUGCAACCUGGUGUCUUUUCUUCUCAAUAGAGGACUCUAUGUUUCUGAAACCUCCUGUACUGGGGUAGGGAUGAGGCUUUUUUCUACCCAGGAGAAAGUGACGGAUGAGGCUGGAGCCGAGUCAGUGGAGGAGCAGCGGGAGCCAGCAUCCAGCACACACGCUGCAAGUCAAGAAUCAGCGCAUCCUAAUGACACUGAGGGUCCAACUGAGGCUCCGUCUAGUUUUUUGUUGGACGAAGUAUCUGCUGGUGAUCUCAGCGAUUGCCCGCCAGCUCUCCACGAGUUCGUUUUCACUAAUCCAAAUCCCUUCCCCUUCUCGGUGGACCCCGAAACGUUGGAGGCUUCCCAAGUCAAGGAGGUUGUGAAUCUAUUGCUUGGAAGUAACCACUCAACACAUAUCCGCGAUAAUGUGUAUUCUGAGCGUUCUAGGUGGUGUUCAGAGGCGGUUUCACAGACAGACCCAGGUGAAAGGUGGUUGCAGUACCCUGAGCCCAAUGUUCUUUGGCCAAAUCCGCUUUUGCACAACCACAGGCUUCAGCCCUUUACUUGCACAUCAACUGACGCUGUCGGGCCCGUUCAAGCUGUUUCAGGGUCCAAGCAUGCUGAGAAAGUGGACAAAGAUGCAACUAGUGUUCGACAUGCCCCAUCAGAUGGUGUGGAGGACGUUUCAAAUCACUCCGCGCGCAUCAACGAACUACAGUUGCGUGUAAACAAAAUUCGCCUUGAGCAAUUGUGGAAACAUUUAGGCGUCUAUGGGACGUCGUGGGACGAAAUAGACGAGGUGUAUCUCAGAUUUAGACAGCAACUACAACGCCGUAAAGAGAGGUGGGAUAGCAGGAAACAGCAAAUCCUUGAAUACGCAGGUGUUGUGUGCUCCAGGAGAGUUCGAGCACAAAGAGCAGAAUUUCUGAAGUCCGCAGGGGUUGAGUUAGAAGCUUUCGAUGACGAAACAAAAGAACAGCUACUCGUCCCUCGUUCUCUCUUUAGGCGGGCUACGCGCAAAUUGUACUACAAGUGGCACGAUGCGUACUUCGCUCCUUGGAGACCCGGAGGACUUCAGUCUGUGCUGAAGGCACACGUGACUCUGCGGAUGCUGCAGCGUGAAACAAAUGAACGCCUUUUGCAUCUUGAUUUUGCGGGCACGUCACGGAGGGUUUCAACUGGUUUGGUGCAGAGUGAAGAACGCGGCACCUCAACUCUUGUAGAUACUCCAAAAGGUUCUGAGAGUGAACAGCACGUGGAGCAAAAACUGCUGCGCAUUCUUAGACAACAGCACGUUAGGAAGCCUGUGGGCAGCAGAGGCGCAGACAAACUGGGUGUAACGUCAAAUACUGGCGAUGCACAAGCAGUAGGGGAAAAGUCCACAGAGACAGCCGAAGCGAAUGAGCAAAAUUGGGAUUUUACGGGUGUUGGGCGCCGCUGGCGGCGUCACAACCGCUUAAUAGAUUUUGAUGCAGUGAAAGCCUGA